AUGGACGACCGAAAGAAAAUCGGCAUCGGGUUGACGAGCUUUGGGUGCGGGUUCACCGCGCUCGGCGUGGUGUUCUUCUUCGAUCGCGGGCUGUUGGCGAUGGGGAAUCUGAUGUUCCUCAGCGGGGUCACGCUGACGAUCGGGCCGAGGCAGACGGUGAAGUUUUUCGGGCGACCGAGGAAUCAGCGCGGGGCGUUUUGUUUCUUGUUCGGUUUGGCGCUCGUCCUGUACGGGUGGCCGUUCGUGGGGCUGUGCGUGGAGGGGUACGGGUUCGUCGCGCUCUUCAGCGCGUUCUUCCCGACGGUGUUGAUAUUUUUGAAGAGGGUGCCGGUGUUGGGGACGUUUCUAUCGCUACCAGGGGUGAAACAUCUGACGACGACGAUCAUCGGCAAGAGUCAGACGCUGCCGGUGUAG